GAGUCCUGUCCUUGAUCAAUUCACCCAGGGGGAAAAAAAAUAAAAAAUAAAAAACUUCCUAGAGAAGGCAGCAAAGUAGCAUCAGAGAGUUCCAGGGGCGUGGGGGUGUUUUGGGCACCCCAUGCAGGCAGGAGAGCUUGCCUGCAUCUAUGUGUGUGGGGGGAGGAAAGAUACAAGGUUUCAGCCCAGUAGUAGUACAAUCUGGAUUAGUUGCAUUUACAUUUGCACCAAGAAGGGUGGGGAGGGAGAGCAGCGCAGUGCUGACAACAAGACGAAGGUGAGAAAAGUCGUUCCUUGCCCUGAAGCAGCUUCAGAGUGGAAUCUGCAAAGAAACUUUUACACCCAUAUCAGUGAACAGAGUGGAGUCUUGCUACUGGAGCUCCAUCUGACAACUCCAAUGCUGCCGAUACCCCAACCCAGUUAAAUCCCGAAACGGAGAAAAACAGCUACAGAAGAAAAACUGGAAAGGCAAGUCAACGCACUAGGUGGAAAGACCCACAGAUCAGGUCAAAACAAGAUAAGAAAGCACCAGCCCUCUGCUCUGUUGACAUAACCUCAAGGCUAGAGAGAAAAGGACGUUGGGUAAAGAAUUGAGAGGAAUCAGGAGAUUCCAGACCACUGAUAAGGCGAGAAUUAGCCAAACAACCCCACUGACUUUGCUUUUUUUAUUUUAUGACUUAAAAAUACUUUUUUGUAGGAAAAUCUUUGCUCUAUAGAUUGAAGGGGCUGGGAACAUACAUUUUCUAUAAUUCCAUCAGGCUCUUUUUGCAAGCUAGUGUUCUGUCUUUGUUUUGUUUUGAGUUAAGCUAGAAAGAAGGGGAGAGAUUUAUUGUUACUUUUCUACACCCAGAAAAGCAUUGAGACGCCAGUUGCAGACACACCUUUUUUUAUUUUUUAAAGGUGAUUUUAAGCUAUAAUUAUCCGAAGUGUGUAUACAGAGAGAGAGAGAGAGAGCAGGUGGAAUAUUGCAUUUCAUCAAUGCUGAGUAAUUGAAUUUAAAACAGGAAAGGAAGAGGGAUUGGGAUUAAUUUGCUUUGAGGAAAUUGAUCAAUAAGGGAUAGGCCAGGGAUCAGUUUGGAAUCAGUUUUUUUGGGGAGGGGGAGACAUUUAAAAAACCAACUUUCAUAGAAACUUCAAAGUGCCUAACAAAGAUUUUUUUUUUUUUUAAUACCCUGGAUUGACCAAGCAGAACUAAAUAGAUUCUGGAACAAGAAUUAGACUGUUUUAAAAGGAGCUAUUUAUUAUAAUCUUCUCCUUUUUAGAUAUACUUUUUUUUAUUAAUUUGAACAAAUUUAAUGGGAAGGAAGGGGAAUCUAAAUUAAUAGACAGGAAGAGGAAAGCGCGCUGAACCUGAUAAAAUGAAUAAGAGUUCUUUUUGCUUAAAACACACUAGUUUUAUAUCCUUGAAAGGAACAUAGUCCUUGAUUGUUACUGGACAGACUUGACGUGUUUGUAAAGGCUAGGUUGAGACGUGGGGAUCUUUUUUUUUUCAGAAGCAGGUUGUGGUGGUUGUUGUUGGUUACCCCCCUCCAGUCGUGUUCAGUGGAAUCGGCUUCCCUGACAAUUUGUAGAGUCAGGGACGGGAGCGAAAUACGUGACAGUCAGACUGCUGCGGAAAGUGAACCGGGAUUGCAGCUGGCGCUGCUUGCCGGAGAGGGACCAGCCCGCGCGAUCCACUCCCUGCCCCGGUGAAUGUACUAAGGACACCAAGGGGCACUGUGGAAGGGGUUUUGUCUGGGCCAGAUGGAGCCCCGACUCGAGCAGGUGGAUCCCAUGGCUACGAAAGGGGACGAUGUAAACACAGAAGUCACCACACCUGAAAUCUGCCAAGCCCCUCUGGGGCUAGAGGAGGACGCUGCUGGCAUGGGGGAUGAAACCCAAGCGGCAGCAGGGCAAGGCCGCAUGCUGAAUGGGCAGGGGCUAGGAAGCCCAAAGGGGAUUGGGGUAACGCAUAGCGAGGAGGCUCCUUCUGGGCAGGGCAGCUCGAGCUGCCAGCAGGCCGUAGGCCGGGAGCAUGAGGACACCCCGAGGAAGGAUCCGUCCCCGAGAGCAGGGCCCAGUGACGAAGCCAGGCAGCUGGAGCGUGGGGAGCCAGAAGGAAGAGCGGACCCCAAAGAGAAGCAGCCUCCCCCGAGCGGGAGCAUCCAAACGGGAGGCGUCGACUCCCCGCCGGACGACCCCAUCUCCAGCCUUAGCCCAGGCGCCGCAGAGCAGGCGUCUGACGCCACCAAGGCCCGGCCCCCAGCCGGCGAGCCCGAGCCUGACUUCUACUGCGUGAAGUGGAUCAGCUGGAAAGGGGAGAGGACACCCAUCAUCACCCAGUGUGAGAACGGGCCCUGCCCACUCCUGGCCAUCAUGAACAUUCUGUUCUUGCAGUGGAAGGUGAAGCUCUCCCCCCAGAAGGAAGUGAUCACGUCGGACGAGUUGAUGGCGCAUCUCGGCGACUGCAUCUUAUCCAUCAAACCCCAAGAGAAUUCGGAAGGGCUGCAACUCAACUUCCAGCAGAACGUCAACGAUGCCAUGAUGGUCCUGCCCAAACUGUCCACGGGGCUCGACGUGAACGUGAGGUUCACGGGCGUCUCCGACUUCGAGUACACCCCGGAGUGCAUUGUCUUUGAUCUCCUGAACGUCCCGCUGUACCACGGCUGGUUGGUGGACCCGCAGAGCCCGGACGCGGCCCAGGCUGUGGGCAAGCUGAGCUACAACCAACUGGUGGAGAAGAUCAUCACCUGCAAGCACUCGAGCGACCCCAACCUGGUCACCGAAGGCCUGAUCGCCGAGCAGUUCCUGGAGUCCACAGCCACCCAGCUGACCUACCACGGGCUGUGCGAGCUCACGGCCGCGGUCAAAGAGGGGGAGCUGAGCGUCUUCUUCAGAAACAACCACUUCAGCACCAUGAUCAAGCACCAGGGCCACUUAUAUCUGCUGGUCACGGACCAGGGCUUCCUGCAGGAGGAGAAGGUGACGUGGGAGAGCCUGCACAACGUGGAUGGGGACAGCUGCUUCUGUGACGCCGAGUUCCACCUGAGCCACACCCUGGGGAAGGAGGCGGCCGGCAGCUCCCCCCAGGAGCAGAGGCAGGUGGACCAGGACUACAUGAUAGCCCUGUCCUUGCAGCAACAGCAGCAAGGCCCCUCUGCCCUGAGCGACCUAGAGCUUGCGCGCCAGCUGCAGCAGGAGGAAUACCAGCAGCAGCAGCAGCAGCCAGCGACACCUCCUGCGCAGGGGAGAGCUCAGCCGUCCGGCCGGCCGGCCGGGGAACGCAGGCAGAGACACAAGCAGGAGUCGGACUGCGUCCUCCUCUAGAGCCGCUCGCCCCCUGCCUGCUGCUUUCGGACCCCUCGCCCUCCCACGGUCCUGCCGCGUCACCGUAAAGACUCCCAGACGACAGCCCCUGCGGGGCUCGCCUCACCUCGCCUCCGGUUCCCCCGCCCGCCGCCCUCCCCAGCACAGGACCCGCGUCCCUAAGAACUCGGUCCUGGCUCCCGCACUGCAGAGGUGAAACCUUGGGCCGUGCUGCUGGUGUUUCCCCGGCCCCUGGUCCCUCCCGGCGUUGGGGCCGGGAGGGACCUCGCAGGGCAGAGUCCAGCUGGGCUGUGCAUCGCCUGGGGUUUGUCCUCGCCCCCGACGCCCUCAGCUGUACCUCGCACUUCUGAGCUCUCACCAAAGAUGCCGAGUGUUCUCCUCUCCCAGCUCACGCCGGGGCCAGGCCCGGGGCUGCUCUCACUCCUGCUGGCACCCUUUGAGCUUCCUCCCUGCAGAGCUCUGUGGUGGAGGCAGAGUUCAGUGAUCAGAGCCCGGACUCCUGGGUUCUGUUCCCAGCUCUGGGAACGGAAUAGGGUCUAGUGCCUAGAGCAGGGUGGGGCUGGGAGCCAGGACUCCUGGGUUCCAUUCCCAGCUCUGGGAGCGGAGUAGGGUCUAGUGCUUAGAGCAGGGUGGGGCUGGGAGCCAGGACUCCUGGGUUCCAUUCCCAGCUUC